CAAUCUAAUAUGAAAAUAAGCUUAGUCCAGUCCAUUGUAAAGUAAAGGAAAAUGAGCACUACUUGGCUGAACUCUGUGCUCUAAAUGAGUGAUUUACUCUUUAUAGUGUUCGCUUUAGGUUAGUUAAAUGACUUUCUGAAGCUUAGCACUAGUGUCUAAUAGUCUAAUAUCUCCCUGCACCUCACAGUUGAUCUCUAGGCCACUUGUAUUUUGAGGCUCCUAUUGUUGCACCACCUAAUCAGUCUCCAGUAUUGAGUGAGUUUUUGCAGCUUGGUCUUAAUUUAGAGCUGCUGUGUUUAGAAGUCCUAGAACUCAAGGAUUAGUAUGAAACUACUUCAGGAACUGGAGAAAUGGCCACUACGCAAUCUGUCUUCACAUUUGCUCUCUGCAUUUUAAUGAUAACUGAAUUAAUACUGGCUACAGAGAGCUAUUAUGAUAUCUUAGGGGUUCCAAAAAAUGCAUCUGACCGCCAGAUCAAGAAGGCAUUUCACAAGCUGGCUAUGAAAUACCACCCAGACAAAAACAAGAGUCCUGGUGCAGAAGCGAAAUUUAGAGAAAUUGCUGAAGCAUAUGAAACAUUAUCAGAUGAGAAUAAACGAAGAGAAUAUGAUCAGUUUGGCCGUCAUGAAAGACAAGGAAAUAAGGGAAGCCCAUUCCAUCAGUCAUUUAAUUUCAACUUUGAUGAUCUGUUCAAAGACUUUGACCUAUUUAGUCAAAACUCACGAUCAAAAAAGCACUUUGAAAAUCACUUCCGAAGUCAUCGGGAAGCUCACAAUCGGCAAAGACGUUCUUUCCAAGAGUUCUCCUUUGGAGGUGGACUGUUUGAUGAUGUGUUUGAAAAUAUGGAAAAAAUGUUUUCGUUUAGUGACUUUGAGAACGCUCACCGACACGCCGUGAGAACUGAUGCCAGGUUUCAUGGAUCCAGCAAGCACUGCAGGACUGUCACUCAGAGACGAGGAAACAUGGUUACUACUUACACCGACUGUUCUGGACAAUAAUGUUUCCUUUCCUUUAAACUUUUCUUCUUUUCUCAAGAUCUUCAUAAUCUUUCUUGGUUUUGUGCUAACAUGGAAAAAAGUCUUUGAACUGUUUGUUCUAAAGGACAUUUAACUACAAUUUCUUUACAGUAGUUUGAAACUAAUUUUCAGAGUAGAAACAACGUGCAGUUGGGAAGUAAUGUGUCAGUAACUACUUAGAAUGGGAGAUAAAUGUUCUCAUGUCAAAGAAAAAAAUGAUAUGUAUUUCCGUUUAGUAAACACUUUCCCUAAAUUUGAACACAAGAUAUAUAUAUUUUUCAUUUCAGAAAUGUAAUAUAAUUUUUUCAUAUAUGCCAAUUCAGGACUGUUUGUGUUACUGGUGCAUGGAUUGGAGCAGAGGAGAUACUUUAAUUUUUAAGUGCUGCUUUUUUUUCAGUUGUGUCUUUCCAAGUUUGCACUUGCAGUUUUUACCUGAUGUGGACUCACUGUGCAAAUUCGAUGAUUUACACGAAAUAGCAGCAGAAAUAUGACUUGCCUGGGUCUUUGCUACUCUCUCCACCAUUGCAAAAGUAUUAAUAAAACACCUUCUUUUUGAAGUUGGAAAAUAACAAGAGGGAAUAAGAUUGUGAGUGAUGUAGGAAUUAGUUUUAUUUCUUAAUAGCCUUUCACUGACCUGAAAAGAUCGUAGUAUUUGAAUGAUCCUUGACUUGCUUAAUGUAUAUUAAUGUAUGUAAGUUUGUGUGCAUACAAGGUCUUUUUUUUUUUUUUUUCCCCUUCCAAAUUACAAAUAUCUCUCUAACAAGGUUUGGAAGAGCACACCCAAAACACUCUUGUUUUAUGCUUAUUAUUAUUAUACCAUGUGUGCAAUGCAGUUUCCAUAAUUCAGUUUAUUGAACUUAAAUACUCCUCAGUGCUCUAGUGAAAUUAAAUAAGUUAAGCUUGCCUACAGUUUCCUGGUGUUCCUGAAAGGGUCUAAGUAAUGUAGGUAUUGUAGAUACUGUUUAGAUUGACAGAUUUAUUACCUGUUUUUCAGCAUUGUGAUUUGAAAGGUAAAUUCUUAGCUUAACCACAGAGAAAAACUGAAACUUCCAAUCCUUGUAUUCCUUGUGGAGCUGGAAAAUGCUAAUAAGGACAGUACUAAUGGGUAUUGAUUUCAGCACCAUGGAAACCCACAACCAGUGAAAACUACUUAAAAUAAAAAAAAAAAACCCAACCCCAAACCAAAACAACCUCAAAGCCCCCGAACAAACAUAAAAAAAAACCCACAAAAAAACCCCCAAAUACUUUAGCUGAUGUCAACCCAAAAGUUCUACUUUCAUUCUUAACUAGUAAUUCAGGUCUAGUAUGUGAAAUUGGUUCCCCUUAGUAAGAUUACUGUCACCCACAUGUUGCUGUUUCUUUAGAAUUAUGAGAUAAGAAUUUACCUUUCAGGUUGAUUGCAUGAGCAAAAUAAGCAUUUGAAAAAGCAGUGUUCUCAAUAGUCUUUGAGUUCUUAAAAUCUUUAUUAAAAGAGAUUUAACCCUUUGCUUCUUGGAUGGGUAUUGAAAGCUGCCUAUUUGCUAAGUAACCUUCCCCUCAAGUAUUAUUGCUUGUUCAGUUUUCAUUCACUAAGUACUUGGAAUGGAUUGUUGUGUUUUAUUAAGUGCUUUUCCUUUUCCAUGUUCUUCUUUAUUUAUUAAUAGACUAAUACCUCAUAUAUGGUCUUUAUAAAAAGCCAGUAAUUUGUGCAACAUUAUCGGAAUGUGCAAUAUUCUUAUAGAAGGAAAAGUGCUGAAGUGAGUGUGUUAUUUUCACCCUUUUUCUGUGUAAGUAGAGAUUUUUGUUUCUUCUGUAUAAUUAAUAUAUAAUUGAACUGAAAGUUGUAUUUCUUGUAGAUUUCUGCAUUUAUUUUCUUUAACAUACUCCUGUCAGUCCUGUGCAUGAAUCAAACUAUCUGCUUGACUCAUAUCACAUGGGCAAUCCAAGUGAACAAAUUACUAACUUAGAGUUCUGAGUUACUUUCUCUCACAAAUAUUAAGUAUUAAAUGUAAGAGAGUAUUAGUGAAUGUCCUUUGGGGAUGAUGGCUGCUGGAACUUAAGAGGUGAGAGGCAACUCUAAAAGCAGGAUGCAAAGGUAAAAUGUUAAUGCCUUUCUUAGUCUAAUGAAUAUUUGUCUUGAUUAAAAAAAAUAAAUUGGAAACAGCAGAAUGAGCAGUUCACUUGGGUCCCUUCCCUAAUCCUGGAUUAGAGGAAUGAAAGCUAAAAUGAGCACUGUAAAUUGUAGGAAACACAGCCACCCCCAAAAUUCAAGUCUUUUAAGGUACUGUAUUAGUUCACCAUCUUUCAGGCUAAGCUUUUAGGUGAAAAUAAGGGUCGUUGGCUGAUACUAGGCUAGUUUCCCCUUAUUUAAGAAUCUUCCAAACUUCCUACAAAGUGUACUUGUUUUUCUUUAAAGUCAAAGUAUGAAACUGAUAAAACUAGCAACUGAUAAGGUUGCUAGUUUUCUAGCUGAUACACCUUAAAAAGACUUCUGCCUAGUCUUAUUUUAACCUGCUUCUGUAUUAUUUCUCUUAGUUACUUGUCAUGGCAUAACUAACAAAUACUUCCUAUUAGUCCUGUAGCUUCUCCAGAUCACCUUCCUGCUUGUUUUGGUGUUGAUUCCAGGUAAAAUCCAAAGGAAAACUUGUCAGGAGUAUUGCAGAAACCAGUGUAUGGCUGUCCCUGUGGUUUGCUAUGAUGGGUGUGCUUUGAACAGACCUUAGCUGGGGAAAUUUGGGCAGGCUUUCCUCAGCCAAGAGUCUUCAGUUCCACGGCUCUCAGAACACAAGCUUGCAAAACAUGUUGUGCUUCUCACUUAUUCGGAGCUCUUGCACAUUCUCUUCCUAUUUAUAGCGUUUGCUUCAUGGCAGGCUCUCCAGCGGAAGUCCUGGUAUAACCUUGUGACACCCCUGACUUCAGUGUUUGUUAAGUGCCAUCUUUGAGCUCUCUUCGAGCUCUUGUCAAAAGACCCAGCAAAACCGGUUUUUGUUAUGUAAGGGUGAAAAAUAAAAUUAGGCACAAUUUUUUGAAAGGCAUUUAUGCAUAUGUAACUCCAAAUGAUUUAGUUUUUAAAACUUUAUUAAAAAAGUGGGGUUUUUUCCAUGUUUGUUUUUUUCCCCAUUAUACUUUUGAAACACAGUAUCUAAUGGAGAUGAAAGUACUGUAAAGUUAAUUAGGGUGCCAUUACAUUAAACGUGAAAAUUAAUGGUGUGACUUGUC